AUGUCUGGGACAGAACUUCGCACAGGUGAGCAGACUGUCCAUAUAAAAUACAUUGAAACAACUUGAUUUGGGAGUGCUCUGUGCUGGUCCUAUCAUCCAUCCUAGUUAGAUUACUCCUGGACUACUGCCGCCAAUAUAUACAUUUGUAAUAGUUGAGAACACCAGAUUUGUCAUCCUUUUAUAGAGAUCUGUUGUUCACAGAUGGAGGCGAAGGUAGUGAUGGCCAAGCUGCUCCAGAGGUUUGACUUCAGCCUGCUGCCUGGCCAGUCCUUUGACAUCCUGGACACUGGGACUUUGAGACCAAAGAGUGGAGUGGUGUGUAACAUCAAACACCGAGGACAGACACCUGCAGCCUGA